AAUUAAAUCAAUUUUAGUCGAGCAUUUCUUAAUAAAUGCCUAUGUAUUAACGACAUCAUUAAAUUCCUCUUCAAACGUACAAGAAGGGAUGAAAUUUUAUUUCAUGUCGUCCUUCGGAGCCGUUCUGCGUUAUUUCGAAUACUCCUUUUGGAAAGGAUUGGUCUGUGAGUUUAUUAAUUUACAGAUGGCGUUUAUCUGGAAUUUCGCGGAUGUUUUGAUAAUGCUGAUGGGUUGGGCUUUGAAAUUUAGAUUACAUCAGGUUACCAUAAGGGUGAAGUCACUAAAAGAUUCGGAUCUACCGAACAUAAUAAAGUGGAAAACGUUGAGGAAGGACUAUCUGCGCGUAGCAGCCCUUUGCGAAUCUACUAAUCAGAAGCUUUCCUCUCUGGUGCUGGUCAGUUUCUCGGUAAACCUUUACUUCGUGCUCAAGCAGAUAUUCAGGAGCUUGACGAAAAUAAAGGAUUCCAUCGAGCUGGCUUACAUUUACAUAUCGUUUGUUUUGUUGGUGAUGAGAAUAUCUUUAGUUAUUAUUUUCGGCAGUGGAGUAUACGACGAAUGGAGGGACAUUUGCUUCUUUCUUCAAUCGGUCAAAAGUUCAGCUUUUAGUCCAGAGGUAGAGAGAUUCGUUAAAAAUGCGUCUACAUAUGAAUUGGCAUUGACAGGAAAAAACUUUUUUAGUAUCAGAAGAAGUUUAAUUUUACAAGUAAGUUUUGUUCAAGGUGAUUUGAGUGUGUUUUGAUACGAAGACAGUUCAAU